GCGAAGGCGGAGCUGACAGAAGGGAGCGGACGGGCGCCUGGCCGCCUGUGGUCCGUGCGUUGGCUGAGCCGGCCGCGGGCGCGACCGGAGGCAGUCAUUGCUAUUCUGCUUUUAUGACUUGGAGAUAUUGGCUUCGGUUCUUUAGAUUCUUCAGCAACCCUGGAGACACAUUUCUGUUGCUAUGGCAAUGACGGCAGGGACUACAACCACCUUCCCUAUGAGCAACCAUACCCGGGAGAGGGUGACUGUGGCCAAGCUCACGCUGGAGAAUUUUUACAGCAACUUAAUUUUACAGCAUGAAGAGAGAGAAACCAGGCAGAAGAAAUUAGAAGUGGCCAUGGAAGAAGAAGGAUUAGCAGAUGAAGAGAAAAAGUUACGCCGAUCCCAACAUGCUCGCAAGGAAACAGAGUUCUUACGGCUCAAGAGGACCAGACUUGGCUUGGAUGACUUUGAGUCUCUGAAAGUUAUAGGAAGAGGAGCAUUUGGAGAGGUGCGGCUGGUCCAGAAGAAAGAUACAGGCCAUAUCUAUGCAAUGAAGAUAUUGAGAAAAGCUGAUAUGCUUGAAAAAGAGCAGGUGGCUCAUAUUCGAGCAGAAAGAGAUAUUUUGGUAGAAGCAGAUGGUGCCUGGGUGGUGAAGAUGUUUUACAGUUUUCAAGAUAAGAGGAACCUUUAUCUAAUCAUGGAAUUUCUCCCUGGAGGUGACAUGAUGACAUUGCUAAUGAAGAAAGACACCUUGACAGAAGAGGAAACACAGUUCUAUAUUUCAGAGACUGUUCUGGCGAUAGAUGCAAUCCACCAGUUGGGUUUUAUCCAUCGGGAUAUUAAACCAGACAACCUUUUGUUGGAUGCCAAGGGUCAUGUAAAAUUAUCUGAUUUUGGUUUAUGUACGGGAUUAAAGAAAGCUCACAGAACUGAGUUCUACAGAAACCUUACACACAACCCACCAAGUGACUUCUCAUUUCAGAACAUGAACUCAAAGAGGAAAGCAGAAACAUGGAAGAAGAAUCGGAGACAACUGGCAUAUUCUACAGUUGGGACGCCAGAUUACAUUGCACCAGAGGUGUUCAUGCAGACCGGGUACAACAAAUUGUGUGACUGGUGGUCUUUGGGAGUGAUUAUGUAUGAAAUGCUAAUAGGGUACCCACCUUUCUGCUCUGAAACACCUCAAGAAACAUACAGAAAAGUGAUGAACUGGAAAGAAACUCUGGUAUUUCCUCCAGAGGUGCCUAUAUCUGAAAAAGCCAAGGAUUUAAUUCUUAGAUUUUGUAUUGAUUCUGAAAAUAGAAUUGGAAAUAGUGGAGUAGAAGAAAUAAAAGGUCAUCCGUUUUUUGAAGGUGUAGACUGGGGGCACAUCAGGGAAAGGCCAGCAGCAAUCCCUAUAGAAAUCAAAAGCAUUGAUGAUACUUCAAAUUUUGAUGACUUUCCCGAGUCUGAUAUUUUACAACCAGUGCCAAACACCACAGAACCGGACUACAAAUCCAAAGACUGGGUUUUCCUCAAUUAUACAUAUAAAAGGUUUGAAGGGUUGACUCAGCGUGGCUCUAUCCCCACCUACAUGAAACCUGGGAAAUUAUGAAUGAAGAUCACAUUCACCCACAACCAAGAGAACUCAGGUAGCUGCAUCACCAGGCUUGCUUGGCAUAGGAAACAACACACUGAAAUACUCCCGAAGAUGGUGGUGCUUAUGCCUACAAGAGGAAAUUCUACAGGAUUAGGAUUUCUGAGACUGCUAUAGGAAUUGGUUGGCAGUGCCAGCUGGCUUUUUUUUUUUUUUUAAUAUUUUAUUAUUUUUGUUAACUUUAUUAUACGAAGGUACUGGAAUAAAAGAAAUGUACAUCCCUUUCUAACUGCACUGCCUACAUGCGUAUUAAGGUCCAUUCUGCCUGUGUGUGCUGUGGCUUUGUACUGUAACACCUUUAAUCAAUUCAGGAGAAACAUAUCAUUUAAAGCAACAUAGGCUAACCUGUAGGUAACACUGCAGUAUUGCUGUUUUACUGCAAAUCUUAUGGGUCUAGAUAAUCAAUAAAAGCCAUCUUCCAUAGUUGGUGUUAGAACACUUGCCCUACUGGUUUGGACAUCUGUAGAAUACAUAUGAAGACAAUGUCUAUAAUGGUAUUAAGAAAUUUUAAAAAGGAAAUACACUGGUUAUUUAAAAAAUAGAAUUUAUCAUCAUGUUAUAACAUAAACUCCGCAGUAGGGAGUGACAAGUUUAUAACAAGAAGGAAGUUUAACACCUUCACUCAAGCACUCCACUAAUAUAAUUACUUUGCUUUCAGAAAUACUGAUGACUUUUAGAUACCUAGUCUGUGUACUCGUAGGGGAGAUGUACUAUAUUAUAUAAAAUGUAAAGUUGCUUUUCUUGUGACAAGAGGACUUCUUUUUUAACAAGAGGACAUGGCAUUAUUUUAAUUUGAUUAUGGUGAGUUGAAUAUAAGAAAUGACCAUGAAGGCUGCUUGUAGAACCUAGUGUAUUUUUAUUAAACUAUUUUUUUAAAUGUCAAACUUCUGAUCAUGUAAAUGGACUUGUAGAGUACAAAGAGCUAUUUACUUUGGUUUUCUAGGAAGUUGUUACAUAUCAUGGCUGGUUAACUUUUAUUUUUUUUAAUGAAAAAUUUUCCUUUGAUAGUACUUGUAUUAUUGUGCCAUUAUUUUCUUAUACUCCAAAUGUACCAAAGAUCCUGAACAGAGUGGAUGUUCACAACGAAGUAGAAUUUCACUUUCUGGUAAGAAUGCUGUAUUCAGACAUGACAGAUCUUUGCUAGAAAUCAGCUUAUUGAAGGGCAAUAUUGUUCAUGUUUAGCUACAUCACUGUGGAUACUGUAAAUGGAAUUAAGGACAUAUAUGUAGGCCAGAGGUGUUGUGAUUAGAGGAUAAGGGAGAUGAUGCCAAAUUCUUUGGGUACUUCCCUAAGAAUUAAAUAGUCUUUCUAGCACAACAUUUUAAUUCUAAAAUGACUG